AUGAGCGCUGCCAUGUCUUCUAAUUCCCGGCAACGGUCCGGCUCACAUCACUCAGGCCGGUCGUCCAACCGGGGCAGGACUGCCGAGAUGGCGGACUUUGCAAUGCAGCCGCCAUCGCUUCCCAAGUAUUUCGAGCCAUGCGCCGCGACGGCAUCAAUGUUCCUCUACGCGCAGGGUCCUUCGGUCGUCUGCUGUCACCACGAUACCCUAACCAUCGAGCGCCGAUUUGCGAGGCAUUCCCACGAGGUCCAGCUAUUAGCCGUCGAUAAUCAAAGCGAGCGCGGAGCUGGACGUCUCGUGGUCAGUUACGAUGCUGGACAAAAUGCGAUUGUUUGGGACUUGAUGACUGGAGAUGAAAUUUCUCGGUUCGCCUCUUACGAGCAUAUCACGGCUGCGGCUUGGAUGCGUAGCGGCAAUGUUGCUUUUGGAAACUCGCAAGGAACGAUAAUCCUGUUCGAACCGAGAACACAAGAGCAUAUCUCUUCUAGAACAAUCGACCAAAUUGCAGUUACAGCACUGGCUCCUUCAGGCGAUUGCAGAACAUUCGCAAUAGGAUAUCAAAAUGGGCAGUGCUUGGUUGCCACGCUGCAACCGCGCUUUACGGUGCUUCAUAACCUAAUGAUGUCUCGAUCACCUUCGCCAAUUGUUACCCUGCAAUGGCACGCUUCCUCUUCUCGCCAAAAGUCGGACAUGCUUGCAUCUCAAACCCAAGAAGGUGAUCUCAAGGUCUGGAGCGUGGCCAAGUCCUUUAACGCCCAUGAGCCCGCCAAGGUUGUUCGCUCCCUUAAGCGAACAGAAAUAUUCCGCCCUGGACCUAAUUGGAUGGCCUGGUCAAAGAACGGGCGCAUCAUCCAAUAUUCUGAAUUGGAGACCAUUUCUUGGGAUGUGCGAACCAAGCAUGUUACUCAUGAUAUGAUUCCAACUCUAGAGCAUAUUCGUGGCCUUGCAGUCUACGGUCCGGGCGCAUCACUGUUCACCUUGGGAGCCAACAACACCGUCCAACAGUUCGACUUGAACGCUCCCUCGAUCAUGGUUGCUAAUGUUCAACACCCGGCAAACCUCCUGCCUCCGUCUCCACCCGUCUCGCUCGAAAACGAAAAGGCGACGACCAUUGCCUCGGAGUCGGAGAUCACUUUUAACCCCAGCGAUGUCGGUGUCUCGGAGAGCGAUGAUGACUAUUCUAAGCAGAGCUUCAGCCAGGAUGAGAGUCAGCAAGAGCGCGCCGAGAACCGGAGCAUGCUCUCAUCUCAAAGCGGAUAUUCUACGGUUUCUGGCUCCCGCACACCCAACCAGUAUGGAGGAGGAUCCAUCCGAUCUCGCGGGCUCACUGAACAUACUUACAUCUCUGCCGGGGAUUCCCUCAAGUCGAAGCAACGUAGCUACAAGCCAUCAGAUCUGUACUCCCAGUGCUCUUUCAGCAGCAUCUCGACGAAGUCUCACCAGCGACCCUCGCGUCUGCGAAACGAAGUUGGCCAGACCGGCUCACCUGCCCCUGAGGAAACCAGAGUCGAUGACUUGUUCAGGUUCACUCGGAGCCGGCUCAGCGAUAUCCCAUACAAGCCCCCAUUCGCGCUGGAUAAGGGUCGUCUCACCAACGACGAUCUCCGCCGCCAGAUGCUUAGCACUAUUUUCGGCUGGCACAAGGAGAUUGAAGAUCUCAUUGCCGAUGAGAUGAGCCGCCACCCCAGCGGCUCAUCUAGUCGAAUUAUGUUAGCGAAGUGGUUGGGGAUCAUCGACCAAGAUAUCAUUACCAGAGGCGCCGAGUCUAUGACUUCGUCGGAUUGGAUGCUGUUGGCACUCAGUGGGAUCGGUCGUCAGCAGGGUGCCCAACACAAGAUCGGCAGAGCCUACGUUACCACUCUGCUCGAGAAGGGUGAUGUGCAUGCUGCCGCCACGAUUCUGAUUGGCAUGGGCGACCAUAACGAUGCCAUUGAGAUCUACAACUCGCACAAGCGCUACAUGGAGGCUCUCAUCCUGACUUGUCUCUUCUUCCCCGCCGUCUGGGAGCGACAGGCCGCCAUCAUUAAGAAAUGGGGUGAGUGGGCGAUUCACCACUCACAGCGCGAAUUGGCAAUCAGAUGCUUUGCUUGCAGCGGCCAAGAAUCGACGGAGCCCUGGGCGUCCCCAUCUGCUGCCCAGCUUACGUUCCAGAACGCGGCCGCCAGCAUCGGUGAGAUUCUUAGUCCACCACUGUCGCCUCCAGGUCUUAACCGCGGCCCCCAAAGGCUGGUCGGGAAGAACUCAGCGUUGAAAAUCAUCACUAGCUUUGGCGACCUGCAGGGCGGAGGCGGGAGGGCAGCCAAGUUCUUUUCGCAGGCUGAUGGCGGGCAGACCCCUAUCGCCGCCGGGGUAACACCCAUUGCGGAAUCUGCCGUCGACGCGGAUCCUAUGACAGCCGUCGUUCGUGGGAACAGGAGUGCGUUCAAUACGCCGACCUCUGUUAAGUCUUUUGCUUCGUCCGCUUACAGUAGCCGCGCACCCCUCCCCGCAAUCGGGGAGGCUAAUGGCGAGCUGUCUGCAGGCGGAGCUAACAGGGACGACACGGAAGAGGAGGAGAGCAUCUCGUUUGGAUUGUCCAUUGUUAGGGCUCAUACUGCUAGUCCUAUGAUGAUGAGGGAUGGUCUCCGGAAUGCCCGCGAUAACAUGCCGCCCCCAGACGCUUCGGUGACUCGCAAGAUGGAGCAGCACAUGACCAAUCGUCGAAACGGUUCCCGCAACAGGAUGCCUACAGGCCUUAACCUUCACAUCGAGCCGGUGGACCACGCGCGACCCACGCCGGAUACUGCGGUGGCCCAGUCUGCGAAGUACCACUGGCCUCGACGCCGGGGACCUGGCUCGGUUAGUUCGGUUACUUCGGCAUCAACAUCACGGAGCACGCGCACUGGCGCAUCGAGGCACGCUGACUACAUCCACAGCCUCGAUGCGGCCACGGACUUCCGGAAAUCGGGCAGGGGACGAGAGAGCAGCCGAGAGCGACAAACGCAAAGGGAACCGUCAUUGGAGCGUGGCCGUACUCCUAUCAAGGUGUAUCCCGGCAAGCGGUCUCCCACAUCGCCCAUUCCCAUGUCUCCCGAAGACUUGGUGGUUCUAAGUUCUGCCAAGUAUACCGACGUAACUGCCACGGAUCCGAUUGGACACAGGAAGGUGAGCAACAAGUCGCGAAGCUCUAACAAGGGGGCAAGUCGCCGGGCUAGCCCCGAGCGCCGACCUUCUCUGCAGGAUUCCCGAGGCAGGACUCCUGGUCUCGAGGGCAUCAGGUCUCCGACCUCACCACAGCCCAUGACGGGAGUGCCACCGCAGCUUGAUGAUACUGAGGACGAGGAAGACUAUUUCAAGGCCAUCGAAGCGCAGCAGAAAUUCCGCGAGAAGCACAACAGGAGCACAAGCCGUGGACUAGUUACUCCAACCACUGCCCCUCUCCGCCAGGACCGUUCACGCAGCCGUACCCGUAAGGACAGCACCAGCAAUCUUAACGGUCCGGCUCCGUACUUGAGGGGUGGUUCGGUUGAGCACGCGGGAGACCUGAAGGCCAUGAAGGAGGAGCGACAGCGACGCAGGGAGCAGGCGGCACGCGAGCUGGAGGAACGACGAAGGGAGUUGUCCAGGAACAGCCAAGCCGGCCCGAUCACUCACCCUAAAGACCUCGCGCCCGCUCUACGCUACACUGCUGUCGAGAUGUCCUCUUCUAGCAAUGCCAUCUCGCCGCCCAGGGCCAAGACAGCUGAUCCCCACCUGAGCCCGUACGGCCGGGGCAAACUUGGCACUCCCCAGAUCGGCCUCCCUGCCACGCCCAAGGCGAUGAGGCUCGUUAUCGACACGAGCAGCCAGUCCCAGGUCUCCGCGCCUCCUGCAGUCCCCCCGAUCCCGUCCAGCUUUGUGCAAGUGAAGGCCGAAGAGGAUCAGGCUCCUGCCGAAAUCAAGCGACAGGAAUCCCCCAACAAGGAGCCUGAGGUGGGAGGACUUACUCUGCUCCCCUCGACGGUUUACCAGCCUCCUUCUCGCCCUCCGAUCCCCCGCUGCAUGUCGGCGCCCAUCCCCGACGAACCGUUAGGUGGUAAGCCCAACCAUCGAACCUCGUCUCGGUCGGGUACGCUGAGCAGGAAUCAGUCAAUCAGAAGCAAGGGUAGAGACUCCCAUGGCGCCGGUGAGACCCUGGAUAGCCGCACCUACUCCCGACGAGGAUCCCAAGAUACUCAGCACCCACCACCACCACCACCACCACCACCUUCUGCGCCGCUGCUGAAGGAAUUCCAGCACCUCGCGAUGCCUCCUCCUCCACCUCCUGCUCCUCUUCCUUUUGCACUUCAGCAGCAGUCUUCCAACUCGGCGCUUGCGUCGGGCAUGAUUGAGAUUGUCAUGGACGAUGAUGAGCCGCCUUCGCCUUCUGCACCGAUUCAUGUCCCACCGACCGAGCUCACGGUACCCAUCCUUCCUCCCCCAGCACCUCCAUCGUUGAAGGGCCACAGCCGCGGUCGCAGCAUCACCGACAGCAGUCUCGCAGGUCGAAUCUCCAAGGCCACCGAGCGUCUCCGAUCCGGCAGCAGGACCCGAAAGGACAACAGCAUGCGUGUUCAGAAGUCCCCCGAAGUUGCGCCCUACGAGAGCAUCCAAGCCCCAGGCCUGUACACCCAAAUGGGCAUGAUGGCGCACCCUCUUGACCCGAAUUCUCUCCCCACCGGUCUCAACAAGAACGAGAUGAUCUAA